GUUCUAUAGAUUACAUCAGUGACCCCUUUAAAUCUCAAAUGUCUGGGACAAAGAUAUUUGACACUAAAAUGGAAGACUAAGGUACAUGGUUUUAUAUGGAAAAAGUCUUCUGAAAACACAAUGGCAUUGAGUUCCUGCUGCUUAGGGCUGCCAAGACAAUGUGAAUAAAAAAACAAACAUUCAAAGCCUUGAAACUAAUUCUAGGCACAUUAUAUAUCCCUCAUCAGGAAUAAUCUGUGAAUAUGAAACCAAUUAUACCCAAACAAUCCCUUUUUCCCUUGACUAAAUCGAUGAAAUCGUUAAGACACUUAGGACUUAUUAGACAAGUGCGUCAAAGCGCAGAGAGCCCUCCCUUCACCAGAUUCCAACCAGCCGGCCCCUCUCUCCUUGGAGGACGUAGGGUACCAGAUUAGCUGGUGUAAACCAGGAAAGGCCGGACGACAUCCCCCAUAGAGUGUGGAAAACCUGCGCGUUGGAACUCAUACCCAUUCUUCACCGGCUCUUCUGCUAAUCCUAAAAACCUACCACAACAUCAACCCUCUGGAAUAUCGCAACAUUAAUUCCAGUGCCUGAAAAACCCUGACCCACAGAAUUCAACUAUCACCGCCCCAUUGCCCCCACAUCUAAUGAAUGCAUGGAUGAAAUAGGGCCUUUUGAGUGGGAUACCCAUUCCCUCCUGAGCAGGGCCGUCACUGACAUUUUGGGGGGCAGUAUGAGAACAAACACCCCCCGGUUAUAAUGAUAACCGAUGAACUUCUGAGGAUCUGAUAUAUUUACAAUGAUCUUUAUAGUUAGAAAACUAAAUAUGCAGUAUUAAAAAAUACAGAGAAAAAUACUAUUAAGGGAAAGCAAAAGCCCAAAAAAGGAAAAAGGGUUUUAGGAGGUUAUUUUGGUUCAGAGGAGAACUUUAGCAAAUGGGGGCAAAGGGGCAGGAGCCCGGGCCCCUGAGGGCCCCCUCCUGUCUGCUCCCAAGACUGUAUCUGGUGAUGAUGACAAUGUACUGUCAGGGUGAGGCAUAAAGCUGCCCCACACAUCACACUGAACAGAGGGAGAGAAAGAGACAUAAACACAUAAAGAGAGAGGAGCUAUUGUCAAGCUCUCUAACAUCACUUGGACAUCAAACCAUGGACUCUAACAUGACUAUUGUGAGACCAGCAUACUUCAUUAUCAGGGGCUUUUCAGGCACCCCUCAUAUUAACUACUACUAUUUCUUUUUACUGGUGCUGUACAUCAUGUCAGUGGUGGAAAACGGGGUGGUGAUGGCCUUGAUCUGCUUAGACCAGAGUCUCAAGACUCCAAAGUAUAUUGCUGUGUUCAACUUGGCGUUUGUAGACGUGGUCGGCAGCUCCGCCCUGGUGCCCAAGGUUUUUGACACGUUCUGGUUCGACCACAAGAAAAUCACUUACAGCAACUGCUUAACCUAUGAGUUUUUUAAUUUCUUGACUCUCACCAUGCAGUCUCUUAAUCUGGUUGUACUCUCCUUCGACAGGCUAGUGGCGAUCACCUUUCCAUUGCGUUAUCAGAUCAUUGUGAGUCUGAAGACCAUGUUCUCACUGGUAGCUGCUUGCUGGAUUAUUGCCAUCCUUGUCAACUUGAUAGCUGUAGGGCUUCUAACACGACUGUCCUACUGCAGGUCUGUUGUUAUCAACAGCUAUUUCUGUGACCAUGGGCCGCUCUAUCGACUUGCCUGCAAUGACUAUCGGCCCAAUCAUAUCAUUUCCAUAGUGUUACCAGUUUUAAUUAUUUGGGCUCCAUUGCUCUUUAUCUUGAUAUCUUACAUGUGCAUUGGUGCAGCUUUGGCUAAAAUAUCUGGAGGACAGGAUAGGAUGAAGGCUUUUAAAACAUGCAGUGCCCAUAUAAUGUUGGUGAUUAUUUAUUAUUUACCUAUUCUGGUCACUUUUAGUGUUGCCGCUAAAAUGCCUCGCAAUGCAAGGAUAAUUUGUCUUUCUCUUGCAGCAGUCAUACCUCCAGCGUUUAACCCACUUAUUUAUGUUCUACAGACUCAGGAAAUCAAACUUUCUCUGAAAAAGGUGUUCAAAAGAAUGAAGCAAUCAAAAAUUGCAGUGAAGUAG